AUGGGCUGGUUUCCUUCUCCAUCCGGCCUGUUUGAUGAUUCUCGAGUUUCGCGUAUUCUGCAAUCGGUACUACUACUCACCUGGGUUGAAUUCACGAUGGUCGUCCUUCGGUCUACCGUGAUAGCCACCUUGGCUUCGACUGCUUUGGCCGUCACCUCCAUCAGCAACGAUGAGAUGAUCAGCUAUUUGAACAACGGCGCUGUCGAUCUCGCCUAUAAUUAUGCGCCCAUGUGGUUCUUUGGGCAGGCAUUGAACCAGCCACCUUGCUACCCGGUUUGGGCUUUUGGUGGUAAUGUCUCAACGCCUGAUAUUUAUGAUGCGGCACACCACACUCCUCCGGCACCUCAAUGCGAAUAUCCAGAUAUGGGAUGCGGUUGCCGCCAGCCUGAUGUACCCAUUGGAAAUCCUGGACCGGCAUUCCCAAUUUAUUAUACUUUCGAACAGUGCAAUGCGACUGAAGUGCGUGUCGUCUAUAACUUAUUCUAUCAGAAGGAUGGCGCCGAAGUGGUGGAUGUCAUUGACACUGGCCAUGAUUACGACUGGGAACGAGUGAUCAUUAUUCACUCCAAGAACACAGCCAGCAACACCUGGGCUCCUAGUCGAGCAUUACUUUCUGCUCAUAGUGGAUACCAUGACCUGGCCUGGGGCGACAUUCAGAACACCCUAACCACAGCUGAAGUCAACGCCGGCGAUGCAAUCAACCCCAACGGUGUCAAAGACAAUGAUCAUCCCAAAGUGUACGUGUCGUGGUCCAAGCAUGCCAAUUUUGACACCCGUAACACCGGAUGGAACGAUCCUAUUAGUCAGUCUACCGAUAAUGCGUUCCGAAGUGAGGACUGGUGGCAUUUCGUUGAUGCACAAUAUUAUAUCCGCUCAGAUGAUUCCACCGCCGCAGGCCAAGCCCUAGGAUCAGUGGAUUGGGGUAGUGCUAGUAGCAACCCUCCAUCAGUUCAAGCCACUCUUUGUACCCAACAAGCCUUGAUAGCUGCAGCUGCGAAGAACAGCUAG